AUGGGUGCAGCUGGCGACAUUAGAGCUCGUCUGCGGGCAAAAUUUUCCAGAAGAAACUCGGCUGCCCCAUCUCUGGCAUCGACCAACGGCGAUGCCCACAGCUCGCAGCCCGACGCUACCAGUCUCACGCGGCAAUCCUCGGCAGCUGCAACGGCCUCCAGCUCCCAAAACCACAACCUGCACCAGCCCCAUCACCAGCCUCAGCCCCAGUCACAGCCGCAAACCCCAUGCCCCAGCAGCCCUGAACCAGGCGUUGACCACCUAUCGCAGCAGAGAUUGCAGGCAAUUACGGUUACCCGUGCCGAUGUACCCCAUGACCAGGACAAUCAUGAGGAACUACCACCGUCACCAUCGCCGCAUCGGCAAUCAGAACAGCAGCAGCAGCAGCCAUGCUAUGGCGACCAAAGCAGCCCCAGCAAUGACAGCCGCGCACCUUGCAGCAACACUUUUUUUGUAACGGACGAUUCCACCGGAACUACUCAUGGACAUCGACCUGGAAACCCUAGAGUUGACCCAGACAUGGAAACGGACGCCCACAAGCCACACCCCAACGCUGACUCGGCGUCUUCAGUGCCGCCUGCCACGCCUGACCAACGCUUGGCUAGCGAGCUUGAAGCGUCGGGAAACGAUCUGCAUUCUUCUACAACUACCACGACCGCUGCCAAUAGCAACCUCCCAAGUAUCAACGAAGACCAAACUUUGCCCGCUGGAGCGUUAUCGCAGCUUUCCGCUCCCACCAGGAAGGAGCAAGACUUGCAGUCGUCGCAAUUAGUACCGCAACAGCUGCCACCGAAAUUUGGCGCGACCCCUACUGUCGUCCUCGAGGCCGAUCUUGCUCAUCGCCGCGACCUCGAGCAUCUUGAUCCCCUUAAUCAUGCUAUCGGUACCCCGACGCCUCUUGCAUCCAACUUGAUACCGAUUUCUCCUUUGUCGCCUCGUCCAGACGGCCCUCCCCGUCGACAGAGCCUCCUCCCAAACCGCCAAACAACCCUAAUUCGCACCUUGCUCGACGCAGCGCAAGCGAACCACGAAGUCGACUCUUCCAUCGCCGAGUCGCUGCUUCCCAUCAACGGAAACAUGGUCACUCGAAAAGUUUGGGUUAGGCGCCCCGGUGCCUCUCCUACGCUUAUUACCAUCAAUGAGGAUGAUCUGGUCGAUGACGUGCGCGACUUCAUUCUGCGAAAAUACGCCAACUCGCUUGGUCGGCAUUUUGACUCCCCCGACCUCACCUUACGCAUCUGCCCACGGGAGCAGAGGCAGGAUCGUCUUCUUGGUCCAGAGGAGCCGAUGGGUCGUACUCUUGAUGCAUACUUUCCCGGUGGUCAGACCGUUGACGAGGCACUGGUCAUCGACAUACCCAGUCGACGUACCCCAAGACCAUCCCCUCGCGCCCCGCCACAUGCAACCACUGUCUAUUAUACUGAAGACGGCAGACCAUCCGAGGCUGGCGAGGGCUAUUUCCCUCCUGUCGGAGCUCUCCCGUCGCCCAAUCUACCCGUUCCUGUUAUUCCUCCUGUCAACACCGUUCCUGUACAUCCCGUCCAUACUGCGCAUGCACACAUGCCCCAUGCGCACUCGAUAGCUGUACUUGGCACCGGCCAAAUACCCCCUAUACCCUCCCCAGGAGGCACGCGGUCCCGUGCAUACAGAGAACGACCGGAACGGCCGCGCUUAGGAAGAACUCAUACGUCGUCACCCACAAUACUGAACACUGCCAAUGCCCAGUCGAUGGCGGCUGCUGCUGCUACCACCAGCCACCCCUCUCACUCAUUUCAUCCCAGGCUCCCGCCCUCAAGGACACACUCAAAUACAUCAGAGCCGUCGGUUAUUCCACCGGCAGCUCCACCGCUGCCGACACCUCCAGCUCCAGAAGUCCAACAGGUGCAGAGAGUGGCAACUCCUCCACCAAGGGUAGCGUCCCCACGUCCGGCAAGCUCUCGGCCCAAAAAGACCAAGAAAAACAUGGACCAUCCAACACUGCCAGCCGGUAUACUGAAUGGCGGAGUGCCUCCCAUUAACGUUUUGAUCGUAGAAGACAACCCAAUCAACCUCAAGCUGCUGGAAGCGUUUGUCAAGCGCCUGAAAGUGAGAUGGAAGACAGCUAUCAAUGGCCGCGAUGCUGUUUCCAUGUGGAGAACGGGUGGGUUUCAUCUCGUCCUGAUGGAUAUUCAACUUCCUGUCAUGAAUGGGUUAGAUGCUACCAGAGAAAUUCGGAGGCUGGAGCGUGUCAACUCAAUAGGUGUUUUCUCCUCGUCAGCAUCCAGUGUACCGGAGUUGACGAGCGGUGAACUGGAAGAGAAAGAUCGGUUGCACAACAUGGAGUUAUUCAAAAGUCCUGUCAUCAUAGUUGCUUUGACUGCCAGCUCCCUUCAGAGUGACAGACAUGAAGCACUGGCUGCUGGCUGCAAUGAUUUUCUCACCAAGCCAGUCAACUUCGUUUGGCUGGAAAGGAAAGUCAUGGAGUGGGGUUGCAUGCAAGCCUUGAUCGACUUUGACGGCUGGAGGAGGUGGAAGGACUUCUCUCAACAAAACGACGAGACCGACGCAGCUAAGAAAUCUGCUACCCUGAAAACGAAAGCGAAGAAGAACCGUCUUUCGAUGACUUCUGUUCCAGCAUGA